UAAUUCUGCAGUUGAAUACGAUCAAUCAACGACACAUGGCGAUUUUCGAAAAUAUUACUGAAUUAUGUCGAGCGAGCUGGCAUCGUUUGUCAGCUUAUUAACAGACUUGGAGCAGAUGUCAUCAAGUCAGAUCGGGUCGUUGAAUAUAUCUCAAUGGUAUUGUUAACCCACACUGUCAAGUCCUCAAGCUACAACAUGGGUAAGAAGAAUCGACUGAAAUCUCACCGAGAAUCAGUGGUUAAUGGCUCUGAAUCUUCAGAAGAAAGUUUCGUAGGACAAGGUUGUCCUCACGUAAACAAGGCUGUGAAUUUUGCAGCUAUGAAGAAAUCAUUGCUGAAGGAAAAAUUUGGAAUUUGCAAAGACUGUCCCAAGAAGACUGAGAAUAAGAAAAUUUCCGACACUCCACUGGCUGUAAACGGAGAUGAUUAUGAAGGAACAUUGUGGGUUUGUCUUCUAUGUGGAAACCAGGGCUGUGAUCGAAACUCCACCAGUAAACAUGCUUUGAAACAUUACGAAAAUUCUCAUUCAUGUCACUUCAUUGUCAUUAACACAACAUCGUGGACUGCAUGGUGUUACGUAUGUGAUGAUGAAGUACCUGUAGAAAAAAAUAAAAAAAUUAUGGAGUGUUUAGAUUUUCUGAAGAAAGAAGCUGGUAUUUCUAAUUUAGAUUCUGUUCAGAAAGAUUCUUCGUUGCAGUCACUCAAUGAUAGCAAACGGAACAAGACCAAAACAGCUUCAAAGUUAACAAACAGUGCAUUGAAUGUACGAAUCAAGGGUAUCAGUAACCUGGGCAACACAUGUUUUUUAAAUGCUGUGCUUCAGGUAAGAAAUUUUUUUUCUGGUGUAGCAAUUUUUGCUGCAUUCAAUGUAACUAGGCAUGCUGGCAUGGACCUUUUCCCCAGUAGGUCAAAGUUAGGCAAGCUGAAAAGUGUUUGUGUCCCCUGGAAAACUUCACAAUCUUCUGGAGUAAUUAGUAAAAGCAUCGUACAUGCUCCCAAGUUAUCUUCCCUUGCAAGUGGAAGCUUUUUGAAUUACAUGCAGGCUAGAAUCAGCUCCCUUGUAUGGCGGAUGUUUACAAAAGAACGAAGAAGUUUCAGAGCAGAGAUUACAUCAGGAAUCCCUGCAAACGGCCCCAAAAACCAGCCUCCUAUUGACAUUGUCAUCACAGAUGCUGGGCCACUCACGCGGUCGCUCCUUAAAUUCUUACACGAUAUGUCAAAUUCUUCUUCAAACAAUUCUGUCAUCCAUCCCGACAUCCUUUUUGGCCAGAUUUGUAAAAAAGCUCCACGUUUCAAAGGCUUCCAACAACAAGACAGCCAUGAGUUGCUUCAUACUCUUUUAGAUGUUAUGAGAACUGAAGAAAUAGAGUAUUGCCGUCAAGCAAAGUACACCUUUAUUGAUCGUCUGUUUGGAGGCCAUCUAAUCAGCACUGUCUCAUGUGGGGUCUGCCAACAUAUGUCUCAGAUAUUUGAACCAUUUCUGGAUCUUUCUCUGCCUGUGAUUGAAGAAAAGCCUCUUCGACCAAACCUGUCAGUUGGAACUAAGAAGAAGGAUUCUGCAAAUGGUUAUUCUUAUGAAACGGCACCAGUAGUGGAAAAUGUUGCCAAGCCUAUGAGUAAAUAUGCUGAACGCAAGUUGAAGAGACAGACCAAAAAGGAAAAGCGUAAGAUGAAUAAAGCUCGGAACCAAUUGAGUCAGUUGUCAGUCGAAGAGAAGACCGAAGCUGAGGAGAAUGAGAGCAAAUGUGAGCAAGAGAAGGCCAAUAACGAAGAGGAAGAGAAUGGAGAAGAUGAGGAAGAAGAUGAGGAGGAAGUUGAGAAUGAGAAAGAAUCCCAAGAGAAAGCAGAAGAGACGAGGAGUAAUUGUAAAGAAGAUACUUCUGAUGCAGAUAUUGAAGAUAAUAUAGACAAUGAAGGCAACCGUCUUCAAAAUAAGGAGAACCGAAGUAUAUCAAAGAGUAAAUUAAAUGAAAGUUCUAGCUCUUUAAAGAAAGAUUCAGAGAAGGAUGAAGAAUCUACCUUAAAAGAAUCUAAUAGUACAAACCAUGUAGAAAAUUCUUCUGUGGAUUCUUUGCAACAUCCACUAGAAACUAUAGACCAAAAUGCUACAUAUUGUACAGAAACAGAAAAUAUAGAGAACAAAAUUAGUUAUGAAACAAAUAGGUUGGCCUCUUUAGAAUUGAAUGGAAAUGUAAUAUCUCGGGGUAGCCUGGACAAAGAUUCUAGUUUGAAUGACAUGGAAGAGGAUAGCAACAAAAUGGCUUCAUUUGACACUUUCUCUUCUAUGGAAAUAGCAAAUAAUACAGAUAGUUCCAUCAAGCCAUCUUUCUCCGAUGAGUUGGAGAAAGGAGCUAUUGAAGCUUCGGAAUCAGUGUCCAAAUGCUUCAGUACUGAAACGUUACCGGAGGCGCCAGCCAAAAUGGUAUCCAUUCAUGAAGAAAUACAGUGCGAAGGGGAGAACAACUCGCAUGGUUUAGGCCAUACUCUUAGUUCUGUGGCGACAAAAUCGUCGAUGUGUGUUGCUCAGAUGUUAUCAAACUGUAGCCAGGGCCCUCCACUCGCCCAUCCAGAAGAAGGUGACCUCGACGAUAUUGAUGACAAAGAAUAUGUCAACAUGAGCUCAAUCAAACGCCAGGCGCAAGCCAAGUCUAUGUCUACUCUAACACCUCGAUCUCGUUUAACAACCCGCAAGUGCUCCAUCUUGUCGUCUUUACACCAGUUCACAUCGGCAGAACUUCUAACGGGCAAUAACAAAGUACGGUGUAAAAACUGUAGCCAGAGGAAAGAGAAACAUUCUUCAAGUAACAAAAAGGAAGCUAUUUAUACAAAUGCCAGUAAGCAGUUCCUUAUAUUUAGACCACCAGCCAUUCUGACACUUCACCUGAAGAGAUUUGAACAGAUUGGUUUCAGUACCCGCAAGGUUAACCGUCAUGUAGAGUUCCCAUUUCUCCUGGAUAUUGCACCAUUCUGCAGUUCAUUGAGUCAGUAUGUGAAGGCAGGUCAGAAGAAAGUGCUGUACUCUCUGUAUGGCAUUGUCGAACACAGUGGCCGGUUAUCAGGAGGUCAUUACACUGCCUACAUUAAAGUCUGUAAGAACAACCUGAACAAAGCAAAUAACUUUGUGGCCCAGAAGAGGUUGAAUCCUAAGGAAUACAUUAUGCAGUACAGAGAGUCACUGUUGAAAGGUGACAGCAACAUCUCUGCUGAGACCGAAGAAGAAGAGGUCGAUCCCGAGAGUUUGGUACCAACUGGGAAAUGGUACCACAUUAGUGAUACCCUUGUUCGAGAGGUGCCAGAAUCACUUGUGGAGAAAGCACAAGCAUACCUCCUUUUCUAUGAAAGGAUUUAUUGACAAUUUUUGCCCGGUUUUCUAAUUUUUUUUUCUAUUAGGAAAAUAAUUAAAAGUAAACAAAAAAAAAAUCUGUUUUUUAUCUUUUUUUUUUUCAAACAAAACUCAUGUGUGUUUGUUUGUGUGUGACAGUGUAUAUGUGUGUGAGGGUUUGUAUGUGUGUGAGGGUGUGUAUGUGUGUAUGUGAAAGAGAGAGAAUGUGAAUAUUACUUGCCAGUAUAUUUGUAAAUACAAACAUUUCCCAAGUCUCUGUCAAAAGAGGCUGUCUCUUCUUUCCCUGUCAAAAACUAAACAAAUGUUAAGGUUAAUUGUACAAAACUUUACAAAAACGAAAACAAAAAAAGGGAAAGAAAAUGAAUAAAUUUGUUACAACCAUUGUUUAUUCCAGAAACUGGAAUUUAUAUAAUUAGUUAUAUAUAUAGAUUUAUAUACAUGCCAUCUGUUUUUUUUUUUUUUUUUCCAUGCCUUUAGUUUGAACCCCUUCAAUUCAUUACUCUGCUCCCAUACUGCGCGCACGCACACACACACACACACACUCUCUCUCUCUCUUCCUAUGCACCACAGUACUGACCCCUCACACCUCAUACCUAAAAAUAAUUUCAGUUAGUGUCUUAUCUUUUGGCAUACACAUUUUUCAGAUCUUCAAAAUUUUUCACAAUAAUGAAUGAUGAUUGAUACCACUAAUACUAAUAUUAAUACUACUACUACUACUAAUAAUAAUAAUGAUGAACAUCAAUGGUGACUAAAGGUUUAAAUAUUUUUUCUACUUCAUUUUAAAGAGAUGACAAACUUACUUCUAUAUCUCAAAUCAUUUGAGGAUUAUAAAACAAAAAUUGAAUGGAAGGUGUUAAUUUAAGAGAUUUCAUCAUUAGUAAAAUAACUUGGUUAUUGGAAAUAUUGAAAAGAUUUUGUUUUUUUAAAAUGAUUAAAUUCUUUAACCCUUUGGCUGUCCAAAAUGUAUUCAUAAGUUUGUCUUAAACACCUGAACUUAUCUCCAAACUUUUAGUUCAUCUUGUUUCAUAUGUCCUGAGUAACAUAAAGCUUUUCUUUCAUAAAUCCCAAGUUGUUCUGGUGAUUAAAAAAAAUUGGGAAUGUUUAUCAGAUAUGAUUCAUGCAGGCCAAGGAAAUAUGUCUUGUGUAUCACAUAGGAUACACAAGACAGGCAAAGAAUUAACUUUUAUAUGUGAUUUAAGAUCCUUUUUAGUGUGUUUGUGGAGGUAGAGGUGUGUUCGAGACAGUUUGUACAUUUUUUUUUUUUCGUUUAGUUUGGGGUGGGCAUGGAAGUACCAAUAUAAUAUUUGAUAUUUCUGGUUGGGACCUGCUGACGUUUUUUUUUUAAAACCCUCUGGCAUUUUCUUAAAUUUCCGACCAAACAAGACUGUUUAUCACCUCUACCUCACUCCCUUUUAAUAAACUUUCCCCUCUCCCUGCAAACUAAACUCCUCCCUCCUAGUCAUCCCAUCCCCCAAUGAACUCCCUCCAUUCAACCACAUUGACCUCACCAAUCAGGGAUAGACACUGUUCUCCCCUCCCCCUUUUCAAAUUAAUUACUUUUCCAUCUGAUCUCUGACAGUUGUACUUUCAUGUACUAACAAUGUCUUGUGUCACAAUGUGCCAUUGUGACACAAUAAAGGUUGUUGUUUUAGGUCCCCCAGGUUAGCUCUGAUUGAGCAAACAUUAAAAGGUGUUCCACUUGUGACCAUCCUGUCUUUCCACAGGUGUAGUGAGUCCCAACCUACAUUGCCAAAAUUUAAAAAAUUUAAGACUGAAGGUUGAGAUUUGGUUGCUAUUUCAAGCAGGUUAAGGAAUCACUUAUAAACUACCCCCACCCUUGUAUUAUAAGAAACAAGCCAACCUGUUAUAACCCAUCUCCCUACACCUGUCCCCCACCCCCACAUGCUCACGGCAGGAAUUGAGUUGUUUAACAUUUAGACUAAAAUGUCCCCUCAUGGGGCCCUAGUGUUUGUAUGAUUCGUUGUUGUUGUUUAUCCCAUAUGACCCUUAUGGGCAUCUUUUGAGAUUUUUCACUCAUUAGGGAUGUGCUCUUAUGGAGACUUGGACAUGGACAUACACAAGUUGCAUAUCCAACAGCAUUAAAGAAAGUCUUUCUUCAACCAGUUCUAGACAGAACUAGGAUAUUACCCUACUGCUUCCCUAAAUCCUAAUGUGGGAUCAUGUUAGGAGACCUCUUAAUUCAAGGUUAUCUUGGAUUCUGUUAUCCAAGGCAUAAUUCCAGGUUCAGUUCCACUGUGUGGCACCUUGGGCAAAUGUCUCCGAAUACAGCCUCAGGCCAACCAAACCCUUGUGAGGGGAUUCGGUAGACAGAAACUGAAAGAAGCCUGUUAUGUAUAUAUCUGUGUGUAUGUGUGUCUUUAUAUCUGUUUGUCCCCUACUACUGCUUGACAACCGGUAUUG